GGUGGAGGCGUUUGGUGCUGACCAGAGAGCGAGAGCAGAUCGGUUGGCUGGAGAGCGGCGCGAGAUGGAGAAGCGAGGCCGACUCGGAAAGCCGCCCUCAAGCCACACUCCUCCGGCGACACAGGCGGUGCCUCGGAAAGAAAGGAGGCCGAGCAUGUUCGAGAAGGAGGCAUAUGCACAGAUCUUACGGGAAAGACUGAGAGAAUCAAUCCAUGAUGUUCAGUAUGUGGAGCCUCCAUUUGAUGACUCAAUUGCUGAUAUAGGUAAAGAAUGGAAGAGUGCCCUGGCAAAAUUAAAGUUUGCUAAUUCAUAUAGAAUGGAACCACUGAAGAAAUUCCAAGCUCAUACAGUGGAAAUUAAAGUCCAGCAGGUAUUAACGGAAAGUCUUACAGAUGUGAAAUAUGAUCAGAAGGUCUUCUCUCAUUUGUCACUUGAAUUGGCAGACCGCAUAUUGUUAGCAGUCAAGGAAUUUGGGUACCACCGUUACAAGUUCAUUAUAAAAAUAUUAUUCAUUCAAAAGGCUGGCCAGGCAAUAAAUGUUUCCAGCAGAGGGAUCUGGGAUGUUGCAUGGGACAGCUGGGUUGCAGCUAAACAUGAAACAGAAAGUUAUGUUGCACUGGCCUUGGUGUUUGCUCUUUACUGUGAAUAGCUUGUUCCGCAUCCUAAAACGUUUGUUUCCAAACUUCUCGAAAAUACACAAAGUUUAUACAUGUGU